AUGGUUACAAGACGGAGACCCAAGUCAAAACUCAGCAAUGGCUCGCUGGACUCCGAGAAGUGGACCCCGAGAAGUCCUGACUUAAACCCUAUUGAGAAAAUUUUUAAACUAGUUUCAGACGCAUUGCGUAAGCAAGCGAUAAGGUCGCAAAUCACGAAGGAAACAUACGAGGAAUUUAAAAAUAGACUUCUCUUUACAAUUCAAUCUUUACCCCUAGAAGUAACAAAUAACACAAUUGCCUCAAUGCCAAAUCGUGUGAAAGAAAUCAUUAAAAGGAAAGGACAGC